AUGUAUGCUUUUAGUCUCGCCCUAACGGAAGCGAAGGGAUGCGCACCUGCCACCUCGGCACACCAGCUGCCCUUUCUCAGCCACCAGAUUCCGCUUUCUGCGUUUGGUGCUCCAGUCCCAGUCCACGCCAUAUAUUGCUCCGUUCACCAUCCACCCCACAAGGAAAAAGCUGCUCAAACUGCAGCUAUGGCUGUAGACAGGGAGGCGAAUGCGGUAGCCGAAGCAGUGAAAUGGCUGUUUGAUUUGGUCAGAGGAGAGCUGCUGUCAGCCACAGCUGUGGAGUUGGCUGCAUUGAAGGGGGAGAUGGCGGCAGUUAGGGAGGAAAAUGCCCGACAGAAUGAGCGAGUGAUGGUUUUGGAGGAGCGGAAUCAGGUUUUGGAAUCUGAGGUGAAUGAGCUGAGGCGUGCUCUGGGUGUUGUGGGCGAGAAGAGUGAGGCGACUGCUGCUGUGGUGGAGGAGAGGGAGAGAGAGUUAGCAGCCGUGAAGGACGAGCUGAAUGGAGUGAAAGGGGAGGUGAUCAGAAUAAAAGGGGACUUGCUAGUUGUGAACAGGAAAUUGAGUGUAGUGGAGGGGGAGCUGACUGCCGUGAAGGGCUCUAUGGCAGAGCUACUGAAUGAGGCUGAGAGAAAAAAACCAAUGGAUUCGAGAGAGCUGAGAGGGGAGGGUAGAAAUGGAGAGGAUGAAGUGCGAGUGGAGUUGCCAAGAGACAGGGAAGAGAGGAGGAGGGAGGUGCAGGAGCUGGAUUGGCCACGUGCCAUGGAAAAUUGGCAACGUGCAAGGAGUGGACGAUGGCGGUGGAGUAUAUCAAGUUGA